AUGAAUUUCGGAAAAUUGUUCUUCUUCGUCUUCGCCUGUGUCUUGGCUUUGAGCUCGGUGUCGGCGGCGCCAAAAUGGAAGAUUUUCAAGAAAAUUGUAGAGGAAAGGGAAUUGGGCAAAGAUACGACCAACCUCAUAAAAAUAGAACUUAACAUAAUUGUUUAUCUUCAGAAACAGUGGGCAAUGUUAGGGAAGGAUUUUUAG